AGGCACACUGACUGUACUGGGCCACCCUGGUCUCCGUCCCUCUCUCAGGUGCGCCCUCAGGCUGCAGAUGGCAAGCGUAGACAUCGAAUGCUUGGGCUGGUGGCCUUCACUGGAACUCCAUGAGAGCUUUGGUGAGGGAGGACCUGGGUCCAUCGGGUAGGGCUGCAAUGGCGGUGAGUCCCAUAGGCCGCCCCAGCCCACGGCUUGCUAAAGAUAGCCCUUCACUUCCUGGGGAAAAACCACCCCAACCGUCUUCUUGGACUGAGAGUAGCUGAGGUCCCCAGCUUGCCGGUGGGCCCCUGCUAGCAGCUGUCUCCAGGUCUUUCGCCUGUGGCAUGGAAAGUGCUUUGGAAUGACACGAUCACUCCCGUUGAGUGGGCACCCAAGAAGCCAUCGGGAAUGUCGUGUCCGCCCAGUGCUCUUUCGGAGCCUUCCAACAGGGCCUCAUAGCCCCAGCCCAGAAAGGGACCUUGCUAACCUUUCCCUCUCCUUAGAAUUCCCUCUUUGUCCAACCUCUGGGCACCUCCCCUCUUCCAGAGAUCAUGAGUUAGGUUCAAUCGCUAUUAGAAGGGCAGCACAGGCUUAAGUUACAUUAAAAUGAAAACAUUUGGAACCCUUUUGCUAUACAGAAAAAGAGCUUUCCUGCUGGUAUAAAAGCAGGAUACUCCUAUGACCUGUUUAGUUGAGUCUUCUCAUGGUCACAUUGUUUAUUUGUGUAUUGUUUUUAAUGCUUACUGUAAGUAUUAAAGGGUUGCUAGUGAAGUACACCAGGUUAAAGGAACUGGUAAUUCUGGAAACCAUGAAGGUUCUUUUUUUUUUUUGGUGGAGAGGAUAUUGGGGACUGAAUUCAGGGGCACUUGUCCACUGAACCACAUCCCCAGCCCUAUUUCAUAUUUUAUUUAGAGACAAGGUCUCACUGAGUUGCUUAGGGCCUCGCCAUUGCCGAGGCUGGCUUUGAACUCCUGAUUCUCCUGUCUCAGCCUCCCGAGCCGCUGGGAAUUCAGGCGUGUGAAUCCGAGCAUGGUCCAUGAUGGUUCUAAUUCCUCAGGUGUCAAGAGAAGGAAACGGGAAAUUCUAUCAGAUUGGGCAUUUAUUGGGAGUAAAGACUACUUGAAUCUCAAGAGAAGGUUUGCCAAUAACCUGAAACCAUAGAACACAGUUCUUUUAAAAAUAAGGUUUUUAAAAGUAGGUCGUGAAAGUGUUUUACGUUACAGCCGCAUUCCAAUGACAACUCGUUUGGUACUUCUGACAUUUUCAUAACGUUUAAAAUGGGGGAAAUGAAACAUUAUUUAAAAUGAAUUGGUACUUCUGACAUUUUCAUAACGUUUAAAAUGGGGGAAAUGAAACAUUAUUUAAAAUGAACAGGAACACACAUUUGAGACUGAUGACAAGAUUUCUUGUCUGCGCCCCCUCCCCUCACAAGAAUUCUUUUACUGAUUGCUAAUGCAGAGCAGCAAUAAAGAACCCUAGGCACUCUCGGGGCCCAGAAGUGCAGGAGGGCCACACGGAGGGAACACUGGGUAGGUAGGUCGAAUGCGGCUGACUCGGCUCACUUGAGAGCGCACCUGUCCACUUAACCAGACCUCCACCAGAUCCUCCCGGAGCGGUUCGGGGCUCACCCGGAAGUUCCACCUCCGAAUAUUUUACUUCCGGUCGCCAUGGCGACUGGGCGACUUGGGGUCGGGGAGACGCUGGGGGCCCUUAACGCUGCCUUAGGACCUGGGGGUCCGGUGUGGUUUAAGGAGACCCGUGCCCGGCACCUGCGUGUCCGAGACUUCCUGGCACCGCGACAAGCUCUACGGGCGCGCUUCGGGGACGAGCAGGUGCCGGAGCAUGUGUUCCAUGCGGUCGCUAGCCUGCAGGGUCCCGGUGUGGCCCCGGUGCUGCGCUGCGCGCCGACACCAGCGGGUUUGGCGCUCCAGUUGCAGCGACCUGCAGUCUUUCAGCGUGUCCUCGGCUCAGUUGCCUCCUAUGCCACGCCCACCAGACCUGCCUCGCCGGGACCGCGAGUAGUCCUACACUGCCCGGCUUUGCGCUGCAGCCCUGACGCACUCCGCCUGAGCCAGCUGCGUGCAGUACUUGUGGCGGAUCACCUGGGGCGAACUCUGCGUACUCAAGGGAUGUGUGUGCACCUAGUGCCCGCUGUGCGGGACCCGCACAUGCCAACUUUCCUGCAGAAACUGAGGGUGGACUGGCCCACUGCCUCUGCAAGAGCGUCUACUGAAACCCUGAAGAGCCGUGUGCUAGCAGAGCUAACCUCUCUGCAUGAUGGGGAGACACUGCCCCCUGGCGUCUUGGGAAGACUAUGCCUGAAGGAUCUGGUAGAAGAACAGGGCCACAGGGCUGGCUAUGACCCCAGUGUGGACAACUGUCUUGUGACCGAGGACCUGCUCUCUGUGCUGGCUGAGCUGCAGGAAGCUGUGCAGCAUUGGCCAGAAGACAACCACCAAAGCCUGACGGUGGCUCCAGAUGCUGGUGUAGACAGCUGCAUAGUUGUACAUGUGGUGAGCUGUGAGGAGGAGUUCCAACAACAAAAGUUGGACCUACUUUGGUGGAAGUUGGAUGACCAGGCUCCACUCAGACAGAAGCACCUGGUCUGUGGCCCAGUAAAAGUAGCUGGUGCACCUGGAACUUUGAUGACUGCCCUUGAAUACUAUGAGUCCCGACAUACCCAGGUGUGCAAGGCCUCAGCUCUGAAGCACGGUGGUAGUCUGGCACAAGACCCAGCCUGGAUAGAGAUCUUUGGGGUUCUGUCUGUGGCUACCAUCAAGUUUGAGAUGCUAAGCACAGCCCCACAGAGUCAGCUCCAUCUGGCCCUGACUGACAGUAACAUCUCCACAAAGGGCACAAAGAGUGGCACCUUUGUCAUGUAUAAUUGUGCCCGUCUUGCCACACUCUUUGAGGGUUACAAACGCUGUAUGGAACAAGGUCUGUACCCUACUUUCCCACCUGUGAGCAGUCUGGACUUCUCGCUGCUACAAGAUGAGGGCGAGUGGUUGCUGCUCUUCAACAGUGUCCUUCCCUUCUCGGAUCUGUUGAGUCAGACUGCAGUCCUGACCUGUGUAUCCCCGGGGCUCCGUGUCACUGCUCACACAGAGAUGGUAUGCAAAUUCCUGAUACAGCUCAGCAUGGAUUUCAGCUCAUACUAUAACCGGAUACAUGUCCUAGGGGAGCCUCGGCCACACCUCUUUGGUCAGAUGUUUGCCCGCUUGCAGCUUCUGAAAGCCGUGCGUGAGAUACUCCAUACUGGCCUGGCUAUGCUGGGCAUCCCUCCAUUGAACCACAUCUAAAGCCACAGAGGGCCAAGUAUUUGGGAAUGUUUGGCAUUUUUCUUCCAGUUGAUAAUUUUACAAACUCCACAGACUCCGGGAGCUUAAAGCCAAAAUAAAUUGCUUCUGUUACAA